AAUCUCAGCUUCAAAUUUGGACGUGUCAAUUUUUUUCAAAGAUUCAGCCAGCAAAUUGACAUCUUCAAAUUUGGCAGUGCAGAAGCCGCGCCAAAUCCACCAUGUGUAUUUGGCAGAUGGUUUGGACCACCUCAAGUCUUAAAUUUUGACUGUUGCUGGUGCAACGAGUAUUUAUUGAGGAGAUCAUAGUUGAACAAAAUGAAGGGUGAAAUCAAUGAGAAGCUAUUGACCAAAGAGGUCGACGCUAAUGCCGGAGAGGAAAAACUCAAGGACAGGUUAUGGAUUGAGAACAAGAAAAUGUGGGUCGUGGCGGGUCCGGCCAUAUUCACCAGGUUUUCGACUUUUGGAAUCCAUAUCAUUGGACAGGCAUUUGUUGGUCACAUUGGUUCUACGGAGCUUGCUGCCUAUGCACUUGUUGUAACUGUCUUCCUCAGGUUUACCAGUGGCAUCCUGCUGGGAAUGGCUAGUGCAUUGGAGACUCUCUGUGGGCAAGCAUAUGGAGCAAACCAAUACCACAUGCUUGGUAUAUAUCUUCAAAGAUCAUGGCUUGUCUUGUUCAUGACCUCACUUUUCCUAGUCCCCUUGUUCUUGUUUGCGACCCCGAUCUUGGAAGCUCUAGGCCAAGACUCGGCUAUUGCUGAAGUGGCAGGGACAAUUUCUCUCUGGUUAAUCCCGGCGAUGUUCUCCUUCAUUCCGUGCUUCACCUGCCAAAUGUUCCUGCAGGCACAGAGCAAGAACACGAUUAUCGCAUACUUGUCAGCACUUUCGCUUGCGCUCCACCUCUUCCUCUCAUGGCUGUUGACGGUGAGAUACAAGUUUGGUAUUCCGGGGGCAAUGGUGUCUACACUUGUGGCAUAUUGGCUUCCGAAUAUCGGCCAGCUUGCUUUUGUUAUAUGUGGAGGGUGCCAAGAAACAUGGAAGGGUUUCUCGUCAGUGGCUUUCAAGGAUCUGUGGCCAGUCGUCAAGCUCUCUUUAUCCUCCGGUGCCAUGCUUUGUCUCGAACUCUGGUAUAACACAGUGCUGAUUCUACUAACGGGGAACAUGGGAAACGCCGAGGUUGCUAUAGAUGCUCUCUCUAUUUGCCUCAAUAUCAAUGGCUGGGAAAUGAUGAUCUCUCUUGGUUUCUUGGCUGCAGCUAGCGUUCGGGUCGCGAAUGAACUUGGAAGAGGGAGCUCAAAAGCUGCGAAAUUCUCCAUUGUGAAUAUAGUGCUAACAUCAUUUUUGAUCGGAUUCGUGCUGUUUGUGUUCUUCCUGCUCUUUCGGGGGCGCCUAGCUUACAUAUUCACGGAGAAUAGUGACAUAGCUGCUGCAGUUGGAGAUUUAUCAAAUCUGUUAGCCUGGUCCAUUCUUUUGAACAGCGUUCAACCAGUUCUUUCCGGUGUUGCUGUUGGUGCUGGCUGGCAGAGCAUUGUGACUUACGUUAACAUUGCGUGCUAUUACCUAGUAGGGGUUCCGGUGGGAGUUGUACUCGGUUAUGUGUUCGAUUUCCAAGUCAAGGGUGUCUGGAUUGGAAUGCUGUUCGGGACAUUCAUUCAAACCGUUGUGCUGGUCAUAAUCACUUGCAAAACUGAUUGGGAUAAACAGGUAUCAAUUGCUCAUAAACGAGUUAACAAGUGGUUUGUGGAGCCUGAACCACCCAUUGUGAAUCAGGAGAAUGCAUGAGAAAGAUAUUUUUUGAUCUUAUGGUUCUUGAUUGAUUGAAAGGUAAUGCCUUUUUUGGAUUCAUGGACUUGAUAAAUAAAUGAAAACGACGGAUUUGGCAUCACUAUCCGAUUUUUUAUUUGAGGAGACUUCAUGGAGGGAUAUUGGAUUUGUGAGCAUUAGGUUUGAUGGAUCUGAAAUAGUUUUAUUAUUGUAGUAAUAAUGCAUGUUUUGUUGUCGUAUCGGUUGGAUCAUGUGGGAUUGUCGAAACAAGAAAGUUUCUUGUCCCACGUUGCUUAGAAAUGUACUCUUUAUGUCAGUGGACAUGUUUUCGGAUAUGGUUUUACCUUGACAUGUAGUGUGCAAAAA